GAAGAAUCCUGCACAAUUAUGCCUCAAAAAGAAUUCUGUCCCAAGGGCUAUCAAGAGACUCCAACGGAAUCUCAGAGCCUCGCGGCCGUACAACUUCGUUCAGCCUCAGAAAGGCAACCUUUUGACUUUUCAUUUGAACCAAUCCGCAAAAAUUUAUUCCGAGUCACCUUUUCGUCUAAAGACCAUCCUCUUCCCCCUUAUCCAAGUGUGGCCAAGCCAGCAAUAAACCUGGAUGGCAUUCAUGUAUCCACAAAGAGUGCAUUACAACAGAAAACCAUUGAGGUUGGGGAUGUGAUAGCAUCUGUUGACUGGGCCAAUACCCCAGUAGUAUCCCUAUCAUGGAAGGGUGUUGGCAAGCCCCUGUACCGCGACCUACCCCUGCGUUCGUACGUAGCAGACGCAUCGGGAGUUGCGCACUAUACCGAGCACGACCGAAAUGACCUACAUGUUGGACUGGGCGAGAAAAGAGCCCCUAUGGAUCUCACUGGCCGCCAUUUCCAGCUCUCAGCCACGGACAGCUUCGGCUACGACGUCUACAACACCGACCCCCUAUACAAGCACAUUCCAUUGUUGAUCAAGGCGUCCCCAGCGGGAUGUGUGGCUAUCUUCUCCACAACGCACGGCAGAGGAACCUGGUCUGUCGGCUCCGAGGUCGACGGUCUCUGGGGACAUUUCAAAAUCUAUCGUCAAGACUACGGUGGUCUCGAACAAUACCUUAUUGUCGGAAAGACGCUCAAGGACGUUGUAAGGUCGUACGCAGAACUAGUCGGAUACCCCAUUCCCGUCCCUAGAUGGGCGUACGGGUACAUCUCCGGGGGGUACAAAUAUACUAUGCUUGACGAGCCACCGGCCCAUCAAGCGCUCAUGCAGUUUGCCGACAAAUUAAAGGAGCAUGGGAUCCCCUGCUCGGCGCAUCAAAUGAGCUCCGGUUACUCAAUUGCCGAGGUUGAACCUAAGGUCCGCAAUGUUUUCACCUGGAACAAAUAUCGAUUUCCCAACCCAGAAGAGUGGAUUGCCAAGUACCACUCUCGAGGAAUUCGUCUCCUCGCGAAUAUCAAGCCAUUCCUCCUCGCUUCGCAUCCAGAUUUCAAGAAGCUUGUUGAUGGAAAUGGGUUCUUCAAGAACCCUGAGGUCAAUGAGCCGGGUUACAUGCGACUGUGGAGUGCCGGAGGAGCAACUGGGGGGGACGGAUGUCAUAUCGACUUUACUUCAGCAUACGCGUUUAAAUGGUGGUAUGAUGGGGUUCAGAGCUUGAAGCGCGUUGGAAUAGAUGGUAUGUGGAACGACAACAACGAGUACACGCUUCCAGAUGAUGAUUGGCAGCUGGCUCUUGAUGAACCGACUGUCUCUGAAGCCGCCAAGAAGCAGGUUAAAAAUUGCGUUGGAAACUGGGGCCGUGCGGUGCACACGGAACUCAUGGGCAAGGCCUCCCAUGACGCUCUGCUCAACCUGGAGCCCGACCAGAGACCUUUCGUUCUGACCCGGAGUGCUACGGCGGGCACGAUGCGUUAUGCAGCUAGCACGUGGAGCGGAGACAACGUUACCAGCUGGGAUAGUAUGAAGGGGGCGAAUGCUUUGUCCUUGAAUGCAGGUAUCUCGCUUUUGCAAUGCUGUGGACAUGACAUUGGUGGCUUUGAAGGACCUCAACCCUCUCCCGAGUUGCUACUCAGAUGGGUUCAAUUGGGUAUCCACUCGCCUCGCUUCGCAAUCAACUGCUUCAAGACUUCCCCAGGAAACAGCUCAGUCGGAGAGGUCAUUGAGCCCUGGAUGUACCCCGAGAUUACACCUCUUGUGAGAGACACAAUCAAGCGUCGCUACGAAAUGCUCCCCUACAUAUACUCUCUUGGCCUGGAGAGCCACUUAACUGCUUCUCCUCCCCAGCGCUGGGUAGGCUGGGGAUACGAAUCGGACCCAGAAGUCUGGACAAAGGCACUCAAGUCAGGGGAAGAUCAAUUCUGGUUUGGUGACACUAUCUUGGUCGGAGGUGUCUACCAGCCAGGCGUCAACAUCGGGAAGGUAUAUCUUCCCCGAAAGGCAAAUGACCAGUUCGACUUUGGAUAUGUGAACAUGAACGAGCCCUACACCUACUUCGCUUCCGGGCAAUGGGUCGAGAUCCCAUCCGAGUGGAAGAAGAGCAUUCCCCUCUUGGCCCGAGUUGGCGGUGCAAUCCCCGUUGGAAAGUCCGUCCAUACCAGGGUACCUGGUGACGAAACUCCGGCAUCUGUAGCUGUUGAAGAGAUCGACGACUAUCGAGGAGUUGAAAUUUUCCCGCCUCGCAGCAGCUCCCAUGGACAGGUUUUCAGCACCACAUGGUUCGAAGAUGAUGGAAUUUCGCUUAAACCAAGCAUCUCUCAAUACACUAUCAACUAUAGCUCGACCGAAGAGAAAGUUACGGUUGGAUUCACGCGCGAUGAGAUGUCUGGGUUCGUUCCGGCCUGGAAAAGCCUGGAUAUCAUCCUUCACUAUGGCGAUGAGAGACAUGUUGUCUCAGAUAUCGGAAAGCCUGUUGAAUAUAAGGGCAAAGACUCUCGUGGGCGCGUGAUAUAUACGCUCAAGAACUUGUGA